GUCACGUGGUGCGCAGCGCGCACAGUCCUUCUGUCGGUUGGUCUGGAGCGGCGCAGCAGGAGCGGGGCCGUGAGGAGAAUAAAAGCAGCCCGUUGAUGACUGAAAAUGACAAAGCAUCCACCUAACAGACGAGGAAUCAGCUUUGAAGUGGGAGCCCAGUUGGAAGCUCGGGACCGUUUAAAAAACUGGUAUCCAGCUCACAUUGAAGACAUUGACUACGAAGAAGGGAAAGUUCUCAUCCAUUUCAAGCGUUGGAACCAUCGUUAUGAUGAGUGGUUUUGCUGGGACAGUCCUUAUCUACGCCCUUUAGAGAAAAUACAGCUGAGGAAAGAGGGUUUACAUGAAGAAGAUGGAUCUUCUGAAUUUCAAAUAAACGAGCAAGUGCUUGCUUGUUGGUCUGACUGUCGAUUCUAUCCAGCCAAAGUCACUGCUGUGAACAAGGAUGGUACUUACACUGUGAAAUUUUAUGAUGGAGUAGUUCAAACUGUCAAACAUAUUCAUGUCAAAGCUUUUUCCAAAGAUCAGAAUAUUGUGGGUAAUGCUAGGCCUAAAGAGACAGAUCACAAAAGUCUUUCAUCAUCUCCCGAGAAGCGAGAGAAGUUUAAAGAACAGAGAAAAGCCACAGUCUACGUGAAAAAAGACAAAGCAGAAAAGGCCUUAAAGACAGAAAAGCGUCCCAAACAGCCUGACAAAGAAGGAAAGCUGAUCUGCUCAGAGAAGGGCAAAGUGUCAGAGAAAAGCCUUCCCAAGAACGAGAAGGAAGAUAAGGAGAACAUUUCAGAGAACGACAGGGAGUACUCCGGGGAUGGCCAGGUGGAGAAGAAGCCUGAAAAUGACCUUGUGAAGAGCCCACAAGAGAGCCUGAAGGAGCCAAAAAGAAAACGAGGCAGACCCCCUUCCAUAGCUCCUACUGCUGUGGAUUCAAACUCUCAAACUUUGCAACCAAUAACAUUGGAAUUGAGAAGACGGAAAAUAUCAAAAGGAAGUGACAUCCCAUUAAAGCGUCCCCGGCUUGACAAAACUUCAUCCCAAGAACAGUCAAAAAACCGCUCUGCAAACAUUGACAAAGACUUCUCCAGGAGACGGUCCUCCAGGCUGUCCACUAACGGGACCCAUGAGAUCCUAAAUCCUGAUUCAAUUGUACCUGAUCUGGUUCACACAGUUGAUACGAAUCUUCUACAAGACAAGUCACCCAGUGCCAAGGAACCUUCUGAAGGUCAGUUGACAUCUCCGUUGGAAACUGGCCAGGUCUCAUCUGCAUUAACUUGCCACCCCUUUGGGGAUGGACUGGGGGCUGCAGGCUUGGAGUUGAACUGCAAGUCAAUGGGAGAGAACACUGUAAAAACAGAAGCUGCGUCUCCUCUUCCUGAGGCGCAGGAGGUUCCAACUGUUGAAGUUCCAAAUGCUUUGAAGAAAGCGGCUGACUUGGUGACAUUGAAUGUACCAGCUGUGGACCUAGACCACAAGUUUCGAUGCAAAGUUGUGGACUGUUUGAAAUUCUUCCGAAAGGCUAAGCUGCUGCACUAUCAUAUGAAGUAUUUCCAUGGGAUGGAGAAGUCACCAGAGCCAGAGGAUAGCCCAGGAGUGAGGCCUGUGCAGACUCGGGGCUCCACAGUGCCAGACAAGGCCAACCAGGAGAGCUUGACCAGGAAGCGGACCUCUGCCAGCUCUCCGACUGCAAAAGAGAAGGAAAAGAAUAAAGAGAAGAAAUUCAAAGAACUUGUGAGAGUGAAGCCAAAGAAGAAAAAGAAAAAGAAAAAGAAAACCAAACCUGAAUAUCCCUGCAAUGAGGACAUCAGUGACACCUCCCAGGAACCCUCUCCACCCAAAGCAUUUGCUGUCAGCAGAUGUGGGUCCUCACACAAGCCUGGGGUCCAUAUGAGCCCACAGCUCCAUGGUUCAGAUAAUGGAAACCACAAAGGGAAAUUGAAAGCAUGCGAGGAUGAUAAUUUGAGCGAGUCCUCUUCUGAGAGUUUUCUUUGGAGUGAUGAGGAAUGUGGUCAAGAUGUUGAUGUGACCACCAACCCAGAUGAGGAGCUCGAAGGUAACGGCCGCUAUGACUUUGAGGUGGUCCGUUGCAUCUGUGAGGUGCAGGAGGAAAAUGACUUCAUGAUCCAGUGCGAAGAGUGCCAGUGCUGGCAGCACGGGGCCUGCAUGGGAUUGCCAGAAGAAAACGUGCCUGAGAAAUACACGUGUUACAUUUGCCAAGACCCUCCAGGUCAGAGGCCUGGCUUCAAGUACUGGUAUGACAAGGAGUGGUUGAGCCGGGGACAUAUGCAUGGCCUGGCAUUCCUAGAAGAGAACUACUCCCAUCAGAAUGCCAAGAAGAUUGUGGCCACCCAUCAGCUUCUUGGUGAUGUUCAGAGAGUGAUUGAGGUUCUUCACGGCUUGCAGCUCAAGAUGAGCAUCUUGCAAAGCAGGGAGCAUCCUGAUCUGCAACUGUGGUGCCAGCCCUGGAAACAGCAUUCAGGAGAGGGGAGAGCACAUUCUAGACACAUCCAUAUCACGGACACCAGGAGCAAGGACGAGUCCCCGAGCUAUAGAACUUUGAACGGGGCAGUGGAGAAGCCAUUGUCCCUGCCCAGGUCUGUGGAGGAGUCCUAUAUCACCAGCGAGCACUGUUACCAGAAGCCCCGCGCCUAUUACCCUGCUGUGGAGCAGAAGCUGGUAGUGGAGACUAGAGGCUCUGCCCUUGAUGAUGCCGUCAGCCCCCUCUGUGAGAAUGGUGACGAUUCUCUCUCCCCUCGCUUAGGCUGGCCCCUCGACCAAGACAGGAGCAGAGGGGACAGUGACCCCAAGCCCAGCUCCCCAAAGGUGAGGGAGUACAUUUCCAAGAAGGUCCUACCAGAAGAAGCCCCUGCUCGGAAGCUGCUGGACAGAGGUGGAGAAGGGCUGGUGAGCUCACAGCACCAGUGGCAGUUUAACCUGCUGACACACGUGGAGUCCCUCCAGGAUGAAGUAACGCAUCGGAUGGACUCCAUUGAGAAGGAGCUGGAUGUGCUGGAGAGCUGGCUGGACUACACUGGGGAGCUGGAGCCCCCAGAGCCACUGGCCAGGCUUCCACAGCUCAAGCAUUGCAUCAAGCAGCUGCUGACUGACCUGGGCAAGGUGCAGCAGAUUGCCCUCUGCUGCUCAACAUGAAACUGGGCACCCAAGACAUUUGGAGCACAAUCCUGGCAUGUCUGCCAGGGGAGCUUCGCAUAUUUAAGUAAAUAAACUUAGCAUGCUGAAUGCACGGGACUCUGACUGACUUCAGGGAUUUGGCAGGAGUGUGAUGGACAUUGGGACAAAGAGACCAUUUUGGCUGCUGGAGGACAGGGCACUCUUGAUUUGGAAGCCAACCACGAAGGCAGCGCAUAGUCUUAGAAUCCCCUUCGGUGCACAUCGUUGAACGAAGCGAGUCUUUGCACAUCUUCACUUGGAAUCGUGCCACUGAUGAUAAGCAAAAUGAGAGCCAAAAAAAAAAAAAAAAAAAUCUAGUUGGAAACAGUUGUAAAUUCAAUUUGCAGUUUAUUUAAUUGAUUUUUGGGCCAGGUUGAGACAUGUGCCAGCCCUUCCGGUUUCUCUGCCUGGUGGCGUGUGGGCAGCAGGCACCAUUUUCAUCUUUCAUCGUCACUGGAACGUUGGGACUUCACUGUGCUGUGCAGUUUGGAAGGAGCAGGGCCCUGAUGCACUGCUUCCUCAAGACUUUGUUUUCUCAGCAUGGUUUCACAGACCAGGGACAAGGCUGUAUGUUUUUACCCAGAGUCGGCUGGGCUGUGCCUUCGGCAACCAAGCGGAAAAUGCUGAAGGAGGAACUAGAAUCUUGAUGUACUGAGAAUCUACAAGGAAUUCCAGAAGGAAGCAGGCAGGGUCUAGAACCCAAAGGACAGCUUUUUUUUUUUUUUUUUUUUACCCACUUAUUAAUUUCAAUAGCUUCCCUGUUCUAUUUAAAGUUAAGGGGGGAAAAGUUUCCCAAAAGUUUUGAACUCUUCUACUGUAAAGAUUUGUUACAAAGAACGUGGGAAUUACCUUACUUUAUGUCGUCAUCAGCAAACUUGAGGUCUGUGUGCCGCUUUCCUCCUUCUUGGAGGCUAGUGUAGUUGCCGUACACUUCAACACGUGAAUGUCCUGUCUGUGUUUCUUUGUGAGAUGAAGGUGAUUAUGCUGCUUAAGGUCCAGGUACAACCUGUUUGUACCUUUGGAGAGAUAUUUGUGUUAUUUUACAGAUUCUGGUUCCAUGUGUCAUUGCUAUAUUGUUUGGUUUUACCUUACUAGGCAAAGUUUGAAAGGUUCCAUGCUUUGAGAACUUAAUUUUUACCAGUUUUUGCAUCACUAAAGGCAAACGCUGAAGUACAUUUAUCCAUCAACACCCACAGGUUUGUCAUCAGUUUUGGAAUCUGUAAUGCUCUAGGGCUGCAAAUCUUUACUAUGUAAACAUCAAGGAGCCAGUGUCGGUAGCAACAGCAGCAUCUACAGCUGCCUUGGGAAGGUUAAGCUUUAGGCCCAACAGGUCACUGUGGAAGUUUCAGGGAAUAAGUGCCCUGUCUAGUGAUUUGUUCACCAUCUGAUAUAAAAUCAGCCACAGGGCAAGCGUGAGUUGACCUGGCAUAGCUUAGGAGCUGUGUGAAACAUAAUUAAGCCAACACAGUCCCUUACAAAAGGCUGUUUUCCCACUGCUCGCAUUGAUAUUUCUGUCGUGGGAAGAAAUGCUCAAGUCUACAGGACGUCUGUGUUCUGGAUAAUUUAUCAUAUAGUAGCUGCAUUUUGAGACUUGUAUGGUGAUUGUCUAAAAGGGGAAGAAACAAGAUAACUAUAGCUACCGCUGUGCAGGGUACGAUGAUUGUUAUAGUAGAUACUGAUUUGGGACCUAUUGAGAUGGCUCAGUUGAUAGAGGUGCUUGUCACCAGCCUCCUGACCUGAGUCUAGUCCCCAGGACCGACAUAGCAGGUUGUCCUCUGACACACAUACACACAUAUAAUAACGGCUUUUAAAUUAAGGUUUUUCUUUUAUGUAACUACUCUUGCGUAUGACAUCUGGGGAAUCUCUAACUUUGAAGGCAAUCAAUUUUGUGUCCUGUUGAACAGUGGAAGCAGAAACUGAAUUACCUAAUUCCGCCACUUGGUCAUUACUGGGUUGAUCAUUUAGGUUUUGUGAAGGAAGUAACCUGGUUUCAUCGUGACUUUUUGUUUUGGGGAAGCAAAGUAGACCUCCUCACCCCCAUAUUCUGAUAACCUCAGUUCUUCCCUAACUUAAAGCCAUGUUGAGGGGCUCCAUUCCCAGUUCCUGGGUCAAAGUGAAUUCAGCCCUAAGUUGGAGCACUGGAAUCUGUUAUUUGCAAACAAUGCUGAUACCAUUUAGAAAGCUGUGCACUACCUAAGUUCUGUCUGUUAAAAAACUGUCCACCUAUAGAAAGUCACCCUAACAAAGGAGUUCUGGUUUGAUCAGUCAUUCCUGAGCAUGUAUGCAAGGUGGAUCCUGGCUGAGCCGACACUGCACUGUGGAUGUGUAUCUGUGUUUACGCGCUAUAGACAGGAGGCACUGUACAUAGUGUUGCUCUCAAGCAGUAUCUGCAGAACAUGAAAACUCUUGUGUCUGGAAAAAAUAAAACAGGUUCUUGUUGCUA